UUCUGGUCUUUCUACAACCACGCACAUUAUAAAUUGAGGCGAGAAGUCCGGCUGCCGUGUAGAGGUCGUGGUUGGCUUGCGAUCGAGGGAAAUUAGGGCAUCAUACUUUUGUCACCUCCGACGCUAUUGUUUACGCAAACAUUUCCUAACUUCAUCUGUUUCGAUCGACUUUCUUUUGUUCAGAAACCCGCAUCUGGAUUGGCAUUGAUUUAUUUUAAUUUCUGGAAACGAGCAUGGCGGGUGGAAAUUUCGUCCACAGAGUAUUUUCUUACCUCGUGAAUGAGGUUCUCGUCAACAGUCUUGCGAACAGCCGUUCCUUUCAAAGGUUUGCUGUGAGGACAUCGAAACAAAUUGAGGAUAUAUCUAACAAGGCUGCACAGAAGAAGCAAGAACUUGCAGAACAAGUGAAAGAUUUCUCCAAAAAUUUUGAUUCUUUCAAGAACCAUUAACGUGGAGUGGAACGUUUUACUGCAACAUGAUGUAUAAAUCCUAUUCCAAUUUUACUCAUAAUAGUCGCAGAUUCCCUGAAAGAUUUGUUUAAUAACCUCAUCUUGUCUAUGUAUUGAGUAAAUGUGACAGUAGAAUUAUAGAUUUGUUCUUGGCUACCGGGUUGCCUUUGCCUGUAAUUGAAGCAAAGAUGAACUGAUCUCUUCCUUGGCUUAUGCAGUUGCAUGUCUCUGAUUUUGUAGCUUUUUUUUUCCGCCGUUAUCAUCGUUGGACCGAGGGACUUUUAAAUAGGCCUUGUAACAAACAACGGAAAAAUAAUAAGAAGUUUGCUUUCGAUCUUUUAACUAAA